UCCCACAAAGUUCCCCGACACUUUCCUUUCUGUCUCUGGACGAGAGAGAGGGUCAGAGUAAUACCGUUCUCAGGGCCUGCUGUUUGUUUCCUGAGAAAAUGGAGUGAGAAAGAAAAUUCUUGCAUCAUCGAUUCUUAGGGCUUCUCUGAGACUUUUCUUCCAACAAAAUUCAAACAAUAUAUAUAGUAUACAUCAAAAUGGGGGCAGAGAACGCCUCGAACUCACACUCGGAAUACGGUGGUGUUGGUGGUGGUGAUGACAAUUUCGAUACCCAAGUUGUGUUGAAUAUCUACGACCUCACACCCGUCAACCAUUACACUGUCUGGUUCGGUUUCGGAAUCUUCCAUUCUGGUAUCGAAGUCCAUGGAAUGGAAUAUGGAUUUGGAGCCCACGACUUCCCCAUUAGCGGAGUUUUUGAAGUGGAACCUAAGAGCUGCCCCGGAUUUAUCUACCGAUGUUCCAUCACACUAGGUCAUAUGAAUAUGCCUCCCUCUGAAUUUCGAACAUUUAUUGAGGAUGUGGCUUCCGAGUAUCAUGGGGAUACCUAUCAUCUCAUCUCUAAGAAUUGCAACCAUUUUACGGAUGACAUUGCAUGGAGAUUGACAGGCAAACAUAUCCCUGGGUGGGUGAAUCGGCUUGCCCGGUUAGGUUCUGUGUGCAGUUGUCUGCUCCCAGAAAGCCUCCAAGUAACUACUGUUAAACAGCUGCCUGAGUACCACGCAUGUACAGAAGACGGGAUUGACUCUUUGUCGAGCGCAACACAUGAGCCAACAGAAAGCGACGAUGCAGAUCAAGAUAAGCUCCUGCUGUCGCCUACUGCUGGAACCUUGGAAGUUAAUUUUAUAAAAGAGGUCCAAAGGUGAUAUUGAGCCGCCUUUCUUGAAUCAAUCUUUGGUGGGGUAAGAUGGAAGGAAAUUCUUUAUUGGUGGAUCUAUGUUUUUCUCAUGAAAGGCGCGGCUUCAAGAUGAAUGUCUGCUCGCCAUUUUCAUGGCAAAGUUGCCACUCAUCGUCUCUUGUUUGUACGCUUGAUUGUUCGCUUGAUUUGCUGUAAUUUUUUUCCCCAAUUUCUUCUUCACUUUUAUUUUUUUAUUUUUUUAUAUUUUUUCAAGUGGAAAUUUGGGAGUGAAGAAUCUAGAAUAGCAAGAAAUGGAAAGGGUUUGUAUUUGAUGAUUUAUACAAAUAUUCUGUAUUGAGAUCUGAGGAAAUUAGUGAUGACAUCUCCACCAGUUGAAUUUUGUAACAUUAUAUGCCUCAAAAUUAGAAGUAUUAAAACUUGUCUAAA